UGCCAGGCAGACCAGGGUGUCCGCAGAGGUCUUUCCUCCUCUGGCCGCCUCCUGCCAUCAGCCUGGGCUGCCCAUCCUGGGCAGCUGGCUCUGAUUUCUUAAGACAGACACGUGAACUCUCUAGACAACUAUGCCCCUGCUACCCAGCACUGUGGGGCUGGCAGGCCUGCUCUUCUGGGCAAGCCAGACAAUGGAUGCCAUGAUGCUCAAUGCCACCCUUUUGGCCCGGGUUGAGGACACGGUUGUGCAGCGCCCCAGUGGCCUGGGGGUCCCUAGGUACCGGAGGAAGGGCCACCUCUCUACCCAAGACAUGACUGCUUUGCUGGAUUAUCACAACCACAUCCGGGCCAGCGUGAGCCCUCCAGCUGCCAACAUGGAGUACAUGAUCUGGGAUGAGCGACUGGCCAGGUCUGCAGAGGCCUGGGCCACCCAGUGUACCUGGGCCCAUGGACCCUCUCAACUGAUGAGAUAUGUGGGCCAGAACCUCUCCAUCCACUCUGGCCGGUACCGCUCGGUGGUGGACCUUGUGAAGUCUUGGUCUGAGGAGAGAUGGCAUUACUCAUUCCCUUCCCCUAAGGAUUGCACUCCACACUGCCCCUGGCGCUGUAGUGGCCCCGUCUGCUCCCACUACACUCAGAUGGUGUGGGCAGCUUCCAGUCGAUUGGGCUGUGCCAUCCACACCUGCCGCAGCAUCAGUGUCUGGGGCAGCACUUGGCAUCAAGCUGUCUACCUGGUCUGCAACUACGCCAUUAAGGGCAAUUGGAUUGGUGAAGCACCAUACAAGAUGGGGAAGCCAUGCUCUGCUUGCCCCCCCAGUUACCAAGGCAGCUGCAGUAGCAACAUGUGCUUCUCUGGGCUUAAAUCCAACCGGCUCCUGUGGAUAUGAAUUCUCCCUGGGCUUUGGUGGGCUGGACCUGAUCCCACUUUUUUUUUUUUUUUUUUUUUUUGCCGACAGUGGAGGGAGGGGGUAUGCCCCUUU